CCUUCUUCUCAGCAUCUCUCAUCCUGCAGAGACCAGAACUAGAGACACAGCCAACAGCAACAAAUCCAUUGCCUUUUUGCAACUGCUAGAGCCCCUGCACACCAUAGCAUGGCCCGGAGCCGCAAGGAGAGGAAUAGCUGGGGUGGAUUCACAGACAGAAAUUAUGACUGGAGCUCAGAAGAGGAAGAAUCUGAGAAGAAUGCUCACCCAGUGCAGGUCUUGGUGGUGAAGGACGACCACUCCUUUGAGCUGGAUGAGGCUGCAUUAAACCGCAUUUUACUUUCUGAAGCUGUGAGAGACAAGGAGGUUGUUGCUGUAUCUGUUGCCGGUGCUUUCAGAAAAGGGAAAUCCUUUCUGAUGGACUUUAUGCUGAGAUAUAUGUACAAAACGGAACCAGUCGAUUGGCUAGGAGAUUAUAACGAACCACUGUCCGGCUUCUCCUGGAGAGGUGGGUCUGAACGGGAAACUACAGGAAUUCAGAUAUGGAGUGAAAUCUUCCUGGUGGAUAAACCUGAUGGGGACAAGGUUGCUGUCUUACUAAUGGACACUCAGGGGACAUUUGAUAGUCAGUCGACUCUCAGAGACUCCGCUACAGUAUUUGCUCUCAGUACUAUGAUCAGCUCCAUACAGGUUUACAAUUUGUCACAGAAUGUGCAGGAAGAUGAUCUGCAACACUUACAGCUUUUCACAGAAUAUGGACGGCUAGCUAUGGAGGAAACCUUCUUAAAGCCAUUUCAGUCUCUGAUUUUUCUUGUCCGUGACUGGAGUUUUCCAUAUGAAUUUGCGUAUGGAGCUGAUGGAGGCUCAAAGUUUUUGGAAAAACGUCUGAAGGUUUCUGAAAACCAGCAUGAAGAAUUGCAGAACGUCAGAAAACACAUCCACUCCUGCUUUACAAACAUAUCUUGCUUUCUUCUGCCACACCCUGGCCUUAAUGUUGCUACAAACCCAAAUUUCGAUGGGAAACUUAAAGAAAUUGAUGAAGAAUUCAUAAAGCAUUUGAAGGUAUUUAUUCCUUGGCUCCUGAGCCCUGAGAACUUGGAUAUUAAAGAAAUCAAUGGAAACAAAAUUACUUGUCGAGGUUUAGUGGAGUAUUUUAAGGCAUAUAUAAAGAUAUAUCAAGGGGAAGAAUUACCACAUCCAAAGUCAAUGCUACAGGCCACAGCUGAAGCCAACAAUCUAGCUGCUGUAGCCACAGCAAAAGAUCUGUACAAUAAGAAAAUGGAAGAGGUGUGUGGGGGUGACCGGCCAUUCAUGGCACCUAAUGAUUUGCAACACAAACAUCAGGAGCUGAAAGAUGAAGCAGUAAAGCUGUUUCGUGGGGUAAAGAAGAUGGGAGGGGAGGAGUUCAGUCGCCGUUAUUUGCAACAACUGGAGACUGAGAUUGAUGAGCUCUACAUCCAAUAUAUCAAGCACAAUGACAGCAAAAACAUAUUCCAUGCAGCCCGUACUCCUGCUACGCUAUUUGUGGUGAUUUUUAUCACUUAUGUCCUGGCUGCAGUUACUGGGUUUAUUGGCUUGGACAUUAUAGCAAGUCUAUGCAAUAUGAUAAUGGGACUGACCCUUAUCACGCUCUGCACCUGGGCUUAUAUCAGAUACUCAGGGGAAUACAGAGAAUUAGGAGCAGUAAUAGAUCAAGUGGCCGCAGCUCUAUGGGACCAGGGAAGCACCAAUGAGGCUCUUUACAAACUGUACAGUGCUGCAGCCACACACAGACACUUGUAUCAUCACGCUUUCCCUGCGUCACAGGCAGAUGCUGCUGAAGAAACAGAAAAAAAGAACAUAUAAUCAUGGCUUGGAUUCUAGAACUCUAAUGCCUUAUGGGCUGCCUGAGGCGUUGGUCAGCAGUUAUUUGACGUUCCUUUGACAAAGAUCACACGAUGCAUGAAAAUUAAUAUACACCUAUUGUAUAAAUUAAGCACUUUGUCCUAUGAGUUGAAAUGAUACCACCUUGCCAUACCACGUAUUGAUAUAACAGCCAAUGAAAAACAAGAAAAAAAGAGGAUUUUUUUUUCUCAGCCGUAGUGUGAGGCAUUGAAAGGUUUGUGCUUGUCACGUGUGCUUUAUUUGUGAUAUGGUGACACAGCAAGGUGCCUCUGGGAGCUUAUGUCCGAUGAAGCAGCAAUGGGCUGUUGGUACCCAAACAUGCGUACUGCAAGCAAGCUAUCCAUCAUCUGCUGAGUGUGUAGUGGGAUGUUUGUAGACUGCUGAAGAUGUUUCAUUAAAACAUGUUCCAUUUUUCUAUUAACACUUGUAAAGUCAAUCACAUGAUAUUAAGUUUUAUUUGCAAAUAUUGUGAAUGUAUUAUUGUACCUCAAAUAGAUAGCAGAAAACAGUAAAGAAGUUUACAACUCAAUAAUGCACAUGCAAGAAAUAUAGAAUGACCUGAUCACAAA